GGAGGGGACGGGGCUAUGGCGGAGGUCGCGGCAGCCCCGGGCGAGCCCGCGGCGGUGGCGGCCGAGGGCCCCGAGGCCAAGGCGCUGAGCGCGGGGGAGUACGCGCGGCGCGUGCACCAGUGGCUCUGGGACUCGUACUGCGGCUACUGGAGCUGGCAGAGCGGCCUCCCCGCGCUCCUGGCCGCCGCCGCCCGCCUACGGCAAGCCCGGGCCCGCCCGCCGCCUGGCCGCGGUGCCCCGGCCCGGCCCGCCGCGAGCAGCGCCCCGAGGGAGAGCGGCCGGCCGGCAGGUCGGGAAUACAUUAUCCCAUCCUUGGCACAUAGGUUUAUAGCAGAGAUGGUGGAUUUCUUUAUUCUUUUCUUUAUAAAGGCAACCAUUGUCUUAAGUAUUAUGCAUCUCAGUGGAAUAAAGGACAUUUCCAAGUUUGCUAUGCAUUAUAUAAUAGAAGAAAUAGAUGAAGACACAUCCAUGGAAGACUUGCAGAAAAUGAUGAUAGUGGCCCUUAUCUACAGGUUGUUAGUCUGCUUCUAUGAGAUUAUCUGUAUUUGGGGAGCUGGUGGGGCAACCCCAGGGAAGUUUCUGCUUGGACUUCGAGUUGUGACGUGUGAUACAUCUGUACUUAUUGCACCAAAUCGUGUGUUAGUGAUUCCAUCCUCUAAUGUUAGCAUAACAACGUCUACAAUACGAGCCUUGAUCAAGAAUUUUUCUAUUGCUUCCUUUUUUCCUGCAUUCAUUACGCUGCUAUUUUUUCAGCAUAACAGAACAGCCUAUGACAUUGUAGCAGGAACUAUUGUGGUAAGAAGAAAUGUAGUCAGAUGAUACCAAAAGAAGCCCAGAUUACCAAACUUUUUUUGAACUCCUAAAAAACAAAGUAAAGACCAUCAGUAUUGGUUGCCCAAAUUAACUGGAGACAGAUUCAGAUGUUAAACAAUGAGUCAUUCCAGUAUGGUGCCAGUGAUUAUCUUGAAAGUAUUGAUUUUUCUUAAAUGCCAAAGACAUUUCAGAGAAAUAGUACCUAUUCAAUUUGGAAGUACUAACAUUAGAUUGACAGGAAGGAAACUGGUUAUAUUUCUCCAUAAGACAGUUUCUCUCCAUCUCCAGAAAGGAGAUACCUGGAAAUAUUGCCAUCCUAAGAAGUAUUAGUUCUACAACUUGAUUAUUUUAUGGGAAAAAUAAAUUGGAGAAUGCAGUUGUGGUCUACGUUGGUGUUUACGAAACACAUUACAGAAACUAUCCCUUAGAAAGGAUUGCAGUGUUUCUUGGGGGGGAUGGAGGCAAAAAUAAUGUGUUUCUAUUAAACUGAUGCAUUGUGUGGUGGUUAGGUAUUAUCAACCCCUUAAAGGCUUAGUGAACGCCUUCACUUCAAGAAUUGUAUUCCUUUACCACUUUUUAAAUGUAUUAUCUAAACAUGUAUUGUGGCAGGUUUUUUGCAUGAUUGUGUUAAGCAUUAAGUCACUUACUAUUUGUCUAUCCUAAUGAAGAAGUAAAUUAGUUUCCUACUUCUUUGUGGGAAGAAUAAAUCACUGUGGUAUUUGUGAAA